AUGGCGGCGCUCCUGCCGCCCGCGCUGCUCCGGCCGCCGCCGCUGCUGCUGCUGCUCGUGCUGCUCCUGCACGGGCCCGCCGGCAGCCUGGGCAACCGGCACGCGGUGCAUUGGAACAGCUCCAACCCGCACUUGCGCCGAGAGGGCUACACAGUCCAGGUGAACGUCAACGACUACUUGGACAUCUACUGCCCGCACUACAACUCCUCGGUGCCCGAGGGACGCAUGGAGCAGUACAUCCUGUACAUGGUGAACCACGAGGGCUACCGGACGUGCAACAUCAGCCAAGGGUUCAAGCGCUGGGAGUGCAACCGCCCACACGCCCCGCACAGCCCCAUCAAGUUCUCGGAGAAGUUCCAGCGCUACAGCGCCUUCUCGCUCGGAUACGAGUUUCACGCUGGCCACGAGUACUACUACAUCUCGACUCCAGCGCACAGCCACCGCCGGGCCUGCCUCCGAAUGAGAGUCUUUGUCUGCUGUGCUUCCACGUCGCACUCUGGGGAGAAGGCAGUCCCGACCCUCCCGCAGUUCACUAUAGGGCCAGAGGUGAAGAUCGAGGACUUGGAUAACUUUAACCCCGAGAUGCCCAAGCUGGAGAAGAGUAUCAGCGGGACCAGCCCCAAACGGGAACACUUGCCCCUGGCCGUGGCCGCCGCCCUCUUCCUCAUGACUCUCUUGGCGUCCUAGCUGCGCGGGGGUGCCAAGGGAGGGCACCGAGCCACCCGCGCGAACCC